AUGGCUCGUACCAAGCAAACCGCUCGCAAAUCCACUGGAGGAAAGGCUCCUCGCAAGCAGCUGGCCACCAAGGCAGCACGCAAGUCGGCACCAGCCACCGGAGGUGUGAAGAAGCCCCAUCGUUACCGCCCAGGAACUGUCGCACUUCGUGAAAUCCGUCGUUACCAGAAAUCGACCGAGUUGCUCAUCCGCAAGCUGCCCUUCCAGCGCCUCGUCCGUGAGAUUGCCCAGGACUUCAAGACCGAUCUGCGCUUCCAGUCUUCGGCUCUGCUCAUCCGCAAGCUGCCCUUCCAGCGCCUUGUGCGUGAGAUCGCCCAGGACUUCAAGACCGAUCUUCGGUUCCAAUCCUCCGCUGUGAUGGCUCUCCAGGAGGCUUCUGAAGCCUACCUUGUCGGUCUCUUCGAGGACACCAACCUGUGCGCCAUCCACGCCAAGCGCGUCACCAUCAUGCCGAAGGACAUCCAGCUUGCUCGCCGCAUCCGUGGAGAACGUGCAUAA